AGUUCACACAGAGAGUGAGUGGCAGAGCUGGGGGCUGAACACAGCCUGGGUGCCAUCUUGAGAGUCUCCUUCAGGAGAUGGUGCCUGGGCAGAGAUCUGAAGGAUCAUUAGGAAUUACAUCCAGGUGAAGCAGUGAGGAGAGAGCCUUCUAGGUGGGAGAACAAAGACAGUGAGGCAACAGCUUGUGUCAGACUUUCAUUUCAGGUGGAUGGUACUGGUGGCUGAAAGAUGGACUGAAAUGAGAGCAAGUGACCCUUCAGGAAACUUUUUGUUCAUUUGGAAGGUGACAGGUCAGAUAAAGGCUGGCAGGGACAGAGCUAGAGAAGGAGUAGAUUUGAGGAGGUAAAAAAAUCAGCAGGACUUGAUGGUAGCAAUUUGUUGGGUUUCAUUUAUUUACUCAGUAGAUAUGUAAGGAGUACUCACUGUAUGCUCAGCAGUAUGAUAGAGAAACUGUGUGUACAAUGUUGAACAGCAUAUUUACCAUUCUGGCUCUGUGGGACUUACCAGAGGAAGGGCUCCAGGGUUUGCUGAAGUUUCCAUUAGGGGAGGUGGAUUUCCUCAAACCAGAGUGACCAAUUAGUUGGGGGUGCAAUCACUCCAGUGGGGCUUGAACAGCAUCUUAUGGAAGUAAAAUAGAAUCUAUCCGGGUGACUUGAAUGGGAAAAGUGUGACUUGAAGGGAAAGAACAAUUUUCCCAAGUUUUGUCUCUGUCACAUAUGCGCAAGAUGUUUUGAAUCAAUAUGUGCAAUGUGCUUCUCACUGAGGGUCAAGUAUAAAAAGAAAAAAAGAAGAAGAAACCUUGUAAAACUUCGGGUGAAGGAUGACCACACAUCUGUAACUCUGUACUCCUUGAAGGAACUCAUCAUGCCUUACUUUUUGUUGUUGUUGUUCCUGUAACGUGGAUAGAUAAAAGUGGAUGGAUAAAUGAAUGGAUGGGUUAUGCAUGCAUAUGAUAGUUGGACGGAUAGGUAGAUGGGUGAAAAAUGAAUAGAUAUUUGGGUGGGUGGAGGGAUGCAUGCACGCAUACAUAAAUAGGUGAGUAAAUGGAAAGAUUAUGGAUGGAGGCGAAAGGAUGUGCAGAAGUCGGUGCAGGUCAUGCUGAGUCUGAGGCAUCUGGGGCGUCUGAAUGUAGGUAACAGGGAAAAAGAGAAUUGGUUUGAAGUGGCAAGCUGGAAGCACCCAAGUCCCCACGCGAUAGUCUUCAACCUCACCACCGCCCUGCAGCACGGGGAGCUCGACCCCGCCGGGUUCCUACAGACCACGGCCCCGAGCGCUGCCGCGGGAAAGGAGUCCUCCCUACCACACAGGCCUCUGGGUAGAAGGGCCGGAAGUACACGAACGCACAAGAGAGUGUCCGCACGGCUCCCCACUCUUUUGCCUCCCUUCGGGAUACCGGCUCUCCUGAGUAGCUGCUGGGCCCUCUGGGUGUGGCUGAUUAGAGCGCUCAGUGGCUUAAAUUGAUUCUGUCCCCGCCUGCGCCCAUUCUCAUCAGGCUUUUUCCUCUCUGGGGUGGCUAAAUGGGCAGCAGGGGCUCCAGCGGGCCCUGCGCCUGGGGCACCAUAGAGACUUAGUCCUCCGUCAGCCCAGUCCGCCCCCUCCCGAGUGUGGGUUAGCGCGCCUACGUCAUUUUCCGUCGCCUCGGGCUGUGCGAGGAGCGCCGGCUUUUGAGGAGGACGCCGCCAGGUCAGGCAAACCUGGAGGGAAGCGAGGAAGUAGUGGGACCUGAGUUUGCAAGCUCAAUAGCUAAGGGAAGUGGGGGCUGCAGCUUGGUUCUGCCCCUCACUGCCCUCGGAGUCCAGGCCUGGGGCCUUCGCUCCUAAAGCUGGGAAGAGGCUGAGAGGAGCACGGCUUCUCUGAGGGCCCGAGGAGGAAGAGCAGGCUUGGGGACAGCUUUGGGGCGCGUCCCCCGCUCCUCAGUUCUGGUCCACACUGGUCGGCAGCUCGUUAAAAUGACUGGCUAUGCCUCUACUCCCAACCCCACGCAGACCCUUCAGCAGGAAGCGGUGUGCGCCAUCUGCCUGGAUUACUUGAAGGAUCCCUUGUCCAUUGGCUGCGGGCACAACUUGUGCAGAGGGUGUGUGACCCAGCUGUGGAGCGAGGAAGAUGACGAGGAAGACAGGGACGUAGAGGAAGAUGAAUGGGAGAACGAGGAGGACCACGAGGCGGUGGGGGCUAUCGAUGGAUGGGACGAUUCCAUUAGAGAGGUUUUACACCAAGCUGACAAGUUGUUGUUCGAGGACCAAGAGGAUGAUGAACUCUGGGUCGGUGACGGUGGCAUAAGGAAUUGGGACAUGGAUUAUGUGUGGGACCAGGAGGAAGAAGAGGAGGAAUAAGACUGUUACCUGGGAGGCUUGAGACAUGACCUGAGAAUUGACGUCUACCCCAAAGAAGAUGGGACAUUGGAAGAAUACGAUGAGGACGAUGAAGAGCUGUACGACACCCACCUGCCUCCUCCCCUGGCCCCUCCAUGGCUAUUCACCUGCCCCCGGUGCCGCCAGAGCUUUACCCGUCGCAGCUUUCGUCCCAACUUGUAGCUGGCCAACAUGGUCCAGAUAAUUCACCAGAUGUGCCCCACUCCUGAUAAAGGGAGCCAGGGAAAUGAUCAGGGCAUCUGCUCCAAACACCAAGAAGCCUUCAGGCUCUUCUGUGAGGUGGACAAAGAGGCUAUCUGUGUGGUGUGUUGAGAAUCCAGGAGCCACAAACAGCACAGUGUGGUGCCACUGGAGGAAGUGGUGCAGGAGUAUAAGCAGUUUUCAAACUGUGGGUUUUGACCAAUUAGUUGGCCAUAAAAUAAAUGGGUCAUGCCCCCAGCAUUGUUUCUAAAUGAAACAGAAAAUAGCAGAAUGCAUGGGAUCAUAGUAAGGGUAAGUAUUGUUUUAUGAAACUUUUAAAUUAUAUGUACCCAGGUGUAUACUUGGUCUCAAAGUAAAAUGUACUGCUUACUCUGAGUUGCAGUCAAAACACAAACAGAGCACAGCUCUGCAGGCAUUAUAUAUUAGAUAUGAUCAUCACCCCCAUUUCGCAGUCACUAUUGGUAAGUGCACAGUUAAGACACAUAUCUUAACUACAAACCACUGCGAAGUCCAUCAUAUUAAUAUGACUAUAAGGAUAAACUUUAGUACCCCAGGGUCAUAAUUAAUUGGCCUUAUGUUAGAAAAUAUGCCCUAUUCUUCUGGGUUUUAGGACUUUGAAGCUGAGGGGAGGAGGUGUCCUUCCAUUCCUCCGCUAGGAUUUUCUAGAAAGGAUUUUGAAACCAAGAUUUUAAUUGAAUGUCAAUUUAGACAAGAGAAAAGAGGUAGUUUCUUCAUGAGGAGAGUCCAGAAACACCCACUUGGAACUGGAGAAGUUACACAUUAGUAAGGUAUAAACAGCAAACCAAGUUAAAUAGAGGAUAAUCCUUUCCAAAAUACAUAAUAUUUAAAAGAAAAUAAAACUUUUAUUUUCAGACAUAUACCAGAACUUAGGUAUAUGGUGCUGCCCAAUACAGGAAUUACACUGAAGAUGUAAAUAUUGUUAUUUUGUCAAAGUUAUCUAUAAACCGAUAGUAACUGACAUCUUCUUUCAUUCUUUAUACAUAGUUCAUGGUUUUGUCACUUCCUUUCAUUGGUAAACAGACAUGCACGUUAUAGUAUCAUGAUUCAGAAUCUUACUAAACAAAACUCUCACCAGAAUAGUUAACACUAUAUGGAACUAUUUUUGUAUAAAGGUUUAUUUAAUAUGCUAUACAUUAUCCACUGCACAGUUCUGGUUACAUUAAGUUCUCUCUUGUCAGCUACUAAUUCAACAAAAUUUUAAUCUGCUUUGGAGGUGACCAAGGUUUUUUGGUUUUAGGGACUAUGCUGUUUCAGGGAGUUGUUACUCAUGGGCUCAAGGAAUAGGUCAGUGAUUUUCAGGAACAGGAAA